AGUCUCAGUCUUCUCUGGCUGAGUCCCUUGGUCUCUGCUCAAAUCUAACUUUUGUCUCUUUGACUCUAAUCAAUCUGCGUCACCCCUCACGAGACCCAUUUGCCCUUGCCACGCUGGACGUGACAUCUGGCGCCCGACCUUGGGGCUUCUCGGAGAAGGGAAGGAAGACUUUGAAUCUAGGUGAAUUUCACGGCGCAGACCUCAGGACGGGCCGGCACCCUACUUGCGGAGCUGGAGUUUGUGGAGAUCACCAUCAUCGUGCUGGUGGUCAUGGUGAUGGUGGUGGUGAUCACGUGCCUGCUGAGCCACUACAAGCUGUCUGCACGCUCCUUCAUCAGCCGGCACAGCCAGGCCAGGAGGAGAGACGACGCCCUCUCCUCGGAAGGAUGUCUCUGGCCCCCGGAGAGCACUGUGUCGGGCAGUGGAAUCCCAGAGCCACAGGUCUAUGCCCCACCGAGGCCCACCGACCGCCUGUCCGUGCCCCCCUUCACCCAGCGGGACCGCUUCCACCGCUUCCAGCCCACCUACCCCUACCUGCAGCAUGAGAUCGACCUGCCACCCACCAUCUCGCUGUCGGACGGGGAGGAACCCCCGCCCUAUCAGGGCCCCUGCACCCUCCAGCUGCGGGACCCCGAGCAGCAGCUGGAGCUGAACCGGGAGUCGGUGCGUGCGCCCCCUAACAGAACCAUCUUUGACAGCGACCUGAUGGACAGUGCCAUGUUGGGCGGCCCCUGCCCCCCCAGCAGUAACUCGGGCAUCAGCGCCACGUGCUACGGGGGCGGUGGGCGCAUGGAGGGGCCGCCCCCCACCUACAGCGAGGUCAUCGGUCACUACCCCGGGUCUUCCUCCUUCCAGCACCAGCAGAGCAGCGGGCCGUCCUCCUUGCUGGAGGGGACCCGGCUCCAUCACGCACACAUCGCACCCCUGGAGAGCACAGCCGCCUGGAGCCAAGACAAGGAGAAACAGAAAGGACACCCUCUCUAGGGGUCCUGGGGGGCGGAGCGGGGCCGGGGCAGCGGUGGGUAAAGAGGCGAACCCCUCCUCACGUAGAAGAGCCCGGAGGAAGGGGUGACACACCGGAAAUGCGCGCAUCACCAACCUCUCCCCACCUCUGUGUGUAUAAAUAUUUACAUGUUCUGUGUGGUCUGAAUGCACAAGCUAAGAAAGCUUGCAGAACAACAACAAAAAACCGUGUUUCUUUGUUGAGCCCUGUCUUGAAGGCAAAAGAGAAAAAAAUCCUCCCCUAAGUCUUCUGUUUCUAGUUGAGCUGCGUGCGUGAAUGCUUAUUCUCUUUUGUGUUUUUUUUUCUGAUGAUUUCACGUAACUUUAAAGACAUAUUUGCACAAAACCUUUGUUUAAAGAUCUGCAAUAUUAUAUAUAUAUAUAAAUAUAAAUAUAUAUAAAAAUAAGAGAAACUGUAUGUGCGAGGGCAGGAGUAUUUUUGUAUUAGAAGAGUCCUAUUAAAGAAAAAAAAAGUUGUUUUCUGAACUAGAAGAGAAAAUGGCCAUUUUUGAGUGCCAACUCAGAAAGUGUGUAUUACCUUGUAAAGAAAAAGAAUUACAAAGCAGGGGUUUAGAGUUAUUUAUAUAAAUGUCGAGCUUUUGCACUAUUUUUUAUUAUAAAUAUGUCAGUGCUUGUUUGAUGGAAACUGCUAUCAUGUCUGUUGAGACUUGUAAGGGAGAAAUGUCGCAUUUCGACGUCAGGCAGAGAGAGGGCGGGUUCCACGUGAAGUUUGGAGAGAGGCCUCCAGCUCGGCCGCUUUCCUCCGAAGUAGAAGCUUUUGUCUAAGUGAUAGGUUAUUACCUCGUUACACAUUCCCUGCUGAGGGGGACACAGUUUUUUCCUCUCUGGGCCAGAACAGCCUUUGGAUUGCAAACAAAAUAGGAAAAGUACUUGAGGCACCAAAUUCCAGGUGGGGUGGCUUUGCCUCUCCCCAAAUGAAAAUAAACUGUUACUGAAGGAAUUUUAGUUUUUCCUCCUUUUUUUUGUUUUUGUUUUUUCUUUUUUUUUUCCUGGUUGACGACGAUGAUGGUUCCCCGUAGGAAGGAACGGAGCUGUUGCUGUGUUGGCAGAGACACACCAGAGCGCUGUAGGUGGCUUGUUCGUGUGGAGUGCUUUGGUGGUGAGUCAGCUGCUCCAGUUUGUUGGCUAAGGUCGGUGCAAUCCACUGGCAUAUAGGAAAGGCCCAAAAGUAUUAGGAAGAUGACCUUGUCCCUGUCCUUCUUUUCCUGGAUCGAUUCUCACUUAUGAGGCCAAUAAACAGAAGACGAGAGAUGAACAAGUGGCACGCGCAGGUUUCUCCCAGGACACGCGAAAGGGCUGAAACGAGGGUGGCCAAACCCGCUGCAAGCCUGCGCUUGAUGCUUUCAAAGCAGAAUUCUCUACCUUCUCUCUGUUCUCAGUCCCCCCCACCCUCACCCCCACCCCCGGAAACAGUCACGUUUGAUGUGUUUAUGUGUGUUUUCAUAAGCAUCUUUCUCAGACACAACUCUUGUUUACCAGGAUUUUACUGAGUAGAUUUGGGUGUGGCGCGACCCCUUGAUGGUGGCGUGCAGGUGAAGACGCGUGAGUGGACACGUGUGUGUGUGUGCGCGCGUAUACGUGACAGAAGAGUGGAGUGGGGGUCCCUUGGCAUCCACUGGGACAGUGGCUGGAGCAGGAUGCCCUCCCACUGAGGACUUGCUAACAUCCCAUGGGGUGGGGAACCCACCCCCGCCAGCCGGAAGAGUAGCCCUUCCACCCCGUGGAGGUGUCUUCAUUUUCGGCAGAAUGCCACCUAGCAGACUAACGUAAGAAAAAGGUAUAAGAGGCAAUAACCGUUGUUUUUAAGCAACUUUUUUAUUACUUGAAAAACAAAAACCUGAGAACAGUUUUGACGUUCUGACGAUUUGAACUCUAUUUAUAUACACAUUUUAAGAACAUGGUGACCAACAGAUGAACCUGUCAUCUGAGUGUCCGCUGACCAAAUCUGGCAGAAAGUGUACCUUAACAAUAAAAUCUGCCUCUCCGUGGGGUCUUCAGCCUAAAAUUCGCUUCUCUCUCAAAAAAGGAUUCUUAUAAAAGGUCGUGCAGAGAAAUCAAUGUAGUUAGUUAGUCCUGAAAGGUACAGGGACACAUUUAUAGAUAACAUUUUUAAGAAACAUGUCUUUAUGUGGAGCGUCUCCCUAGUGCCUUACUGAGGAAGCAGUUGACUCUCUUGUCACCGGGCCAGGCGUUCCUGGACAGUGCCUGGCUCGCAGGGGACUAGCCUUCCCGCUCCUGGUCAGCAAAGGGCUGCUGCUGCUUUUCAAACAUCCCCAUCACCCUCCACCUUGGAUGAACCUCGCUUGGUCAGGUGACCUCUCCCACCCCUCCAGCCUCCGUUGUCAAGUACUGCGUUUAAUGCCCAUCUGGCUCAAAAACCUAGAAGUGGGCCUCAUUUGUGUGAGUAGCGUCAGCCAAAAGCCAGUGUGCAGCGUUCCCGAGGUCCCCUUGAGCCAAACUCUGAACCUUCUUGCUUGGCGGUGUGUGCUAUGUCUGCUCUAUUUGCAGCGAGUUAGAAGGAAGCAGGACUGGGUGACUGACCUCAGCUGGCUUGAGGGCAGAGCACGCCCUUCUCUGAUCACGCCCCAGUAUUGCAGCCCAGGCCACCAUGCUGCGAUGUCCCUGGGCUUCAAGCCCAGCAGAUCACAAUUGCAGAAGUUCAUGGCGGAGUGGCUUGUCGGGGCCUGGGCGCAUCCCAGGAAAAGCGGUGGUGUGUGCUUCUGGAAACGUAUGCUGUAGCCACUAGCUCUUGGUGUCUGGACCCCAGAGCUCUGGGGGUGUAUUCUUUCCUCUAGAUGUUGGCUGUCAUGGCGUUGUCUUUGAGAAGCCUUUGAGGGCCCCUCAGGAGGCCCCCUUUAUUCAGUAGAAAGUUGGGGGGGUCUUCAAAAGUGGCUGGUUGGAGAGGGGACCAGGUUGGGCUCAGUAAACGUGGCAGAGCUCAGCUUUCUCUAAUCCUUUCAUUGUUUCCUUGUUUUCUCUACUUGUCAAUCAUCACCCCACUCUGCUGCUGCAAAGCCCAAUCUCUGCAGAAGGACUAAGCAAAGUCCACCAAGAGCUUUCAUUCAUGUUCCCCCAAAAGCCCAGUGUUUUUUCAAAGAGCUGAAAGGGACUCCUCUCCCCGCCCCACAUCCAUUGAUUCCGUCCCUGUCCUUGUCUGUCUUUUCUGUAAAUUGUACGUUUUAGAGAUUUUUCUUUCCUCCGUGCAACACAAAGCUUCCAGGUCCAUAAAACAUCCUGAUGAUAAGGAAAGAAUUCCCUCCCCCCCCCCAAAAAAAAAUCCACGCUUCAGAUUUUGCUGUGCUAUAAAGCUGAGAUGGACGCUGGGUUCCCUCGUUUGCCGGCCUGACCCCCUGGCGGUUUUGAGGAUGGCGACGCCUGAUGCUUGCCUGCGGCGUUCUUGGCGUUGGGACCGCUCUCCUUUGCAGCCCUGUUUCCCGAGUUCUGUUCAACUUCUGUGAACUGUCCGUGGCACGUCGCUGCUGCGUAAGACUCUGUGUUUGGAUGCCAAUCCACAGGCCUGAUGAAAUUGCUUGUUGUGUAUCAAUAAUCAUUAGUGGCAAUGAUGACAUUCUGAAAAGCUGCAAUACUUAUACAAUAAAUUUUACAAUUCUUUGGAA